AUGGACGUCGGAUUUCGGCACCCCGUUCUCCUUUGCCUAACCCUGGCGGUUUUGGGCUCGGUUCUGGCUGAUUUGGAUGGCCCUUUGAUGGGGGCACCCGGGUCUGCCGUCCGUGUGUCGGAAAAUGACCCAGGUUUGAAGAAGGCACUGAAAUUUGCAGAAGAGCGCUAUAACAAGGGGUCCAAUGCGAUGCACGUUCGCAGAAUUAGCAAGAUCCUCUCUGCCAGUAAACAGGUAGACUACAGUCUUGUGAAAAUGUAUAUUUGUUUAUUAUUAUUUUUUAUCUCAUAACAUGUGCUAUGUAAAUAAAUCUGUUAUUAGCCUAAAAUCAAGUGUAUGUCCAUUGUGAUUGUAGGCCAUCACAGAUUUCAGUUCGUGAGAUAAUGCCACUGCCUACGUCAGAGCGCACCAACCUGUUCUAGUGCGUCUGAACUGCAUGACAUCUGUGUAGCUCAGCCUAAAUUGUAUAGGCCUUUAACUCUACUGCAGCCCAACCAAGCACUCUAAUAUUUAACAAUGAUUUCAGUUAAGUUUUCCACAUUAUCAACUAAGCCUACAAUUUAAAAAAUGCUGCUUUUCAUACUGCCUAAUGACUAACCUGUAUCCACAUUACAUUUGAUGUCCACAGGAAUAAUGCCAGUGUCCUAUACAUGUAGUUCAACUAAUCUAACUACAUUUUGAAGUAGUUUGGUGGUAGUCUACGUAGUGCUUUCGAGUAGUUAAUUACUUUUUUGCAAUGUAGCUAACUACUUGAACUACACUAAUUUUUUUGCAAAAAUAAAAUGUGGGUGAAGUAGGCAAGAAUUUCCUUUCUUUUCCGGCAUCAGAUCUGCCAAAUGAUCACGUGAAACAGCCUAUUAAACACAAACUGUUUCACGUGAUCAUUUGGCAAGUCUGAUGCCGGAAAAUAAAUUCUUGCCUACUUCACCCACAUUUUAUUUUAGCAAAAAAAUUAGUGUAAUUCAAGUAGUUAGCUACAUUGCAAAGAAGAAUUAAGCUCUGCGGUUGUUGUUUUGGCAUCUAGCCUACAAUUUAGCUCUGACGUCACUUUCAAGACCAAUCCAGUAAUUAUGGCAUUUAUAGGCCUAGCUAAACGGUCUGAUUAUGCUGGAAAUUGCAGGUCUCUAAUUCAGCUUGUCUAGCGGAGACAAUAGGUGUCACGGAUCCCCCCGGUACUGCUGCUCAUUCCGUUCACCAGCUUCGGAGGUCUACCUCACCGGCCUUCUAGGUGUCACUGAACUAGGUCAUUACCACCAACCCCGGACUGUCUUGUCUCAUUAAGCACACCUGGUUCCCAUUCCCCCUGAUUAGUAAGUGUAUAUGUGCCCUCUUUUCCCCAUUGUCCUUGUCGAUAAUUUUCUCAUGUCCGUUGGUCUCGUGAGUACCGUGUAUUGUGCUCUUGUUGUUAACGGGUUUCAUCCCGUGUAUUGUGUAGAGGUUACACCUCACUUUUUGUUUGGGUUACAUCCUUUUGUGUAACACAUGUUAGGUGGCAUAAAAUAAACCCCUAAAACGUAUUCCUGCGCCUGUCUUCUAAUCAUUAUACAACGUGACAAUAGGUUUGUUGAGACAGAUACCAGUGUUGGGGAAGUUACUCAAGAGUUUACCAAGCUAACAAUUACUACUGUUGAUGAUCACAAGUUUACUGGAGAACGGAGACCAAGUAGAGACUUUCGGACAAGGUGGAUGAUUGUAUAAUAUAAGGCAGUUUAUUCAGAGGUAAAGAUAUCUGAAAAUAGCGUGCACGGACCCGUUCGUCAACCUCGUAGGGAGAUAUCUGAGAGCGCGCCCCAAAACAUUGUGUGCUGACAUUUUAUACAAUAAAAUAAAGUAGGUUGAUUCUAGUAGUUCCGAUCUUCCGAUUGGUCCUGAUGAGUUGGUCGAGGUCAUCUCCAUUGCAUUGGCUCUGAGUCGGGUUCUCUGUCUUCAGAUGUUCAGCCUGACAGAAGGGGUUUUUUGUGUGUGUGUGCUUAACAAUGAUGAUGUAUGUGUGUGUGUGUAUGUGUGUGUGUGUGUGUGUGUGUGUGUAUGUGUGUAUGUUUAACAAUGAUGAUGUGUAUGUGUGUGUGUGUGGGGGGGUGUGUGUAUGUCCUCAGAGCAAUAACUCGUGAGUUUGGGAGAACUUGAGAGACCUAUGGCGUGGGUGUUGUCCAUAGCCACCUGCUGAUAAGGCCGACAAGAUAGAAGUCUUUGUGCAUUGUAUUAAGUCCAAAGGCCCCAACACAAGAUGGGUUAUGCACAAGAUUUUAGUCAGACCAAGCUAUAACAUAAUAUAUUUACCACGACACUACACACUAAAAUAAGUUAAGCUAAACUAAAAAGGUACCCUUAAGAAACAUAGCUUACUGAACUAAAGUUACUCUGAACUAAAGUUACUACUUCAUGAUAAAUUAUCAUAUCUGAAAUGUCAGACUACAAAUUGCAAGAACAAAUCACUUUGGGGUCAUGUUAACAGAAUGUAAUUUAGCCUAUUAAAAACGAAGUUACACAUUCUGCUAACAUACGACCCCAAAGUGAUUUGUUCUUGCAAUUUGUAGUCUGACAUUUCAGAUUAUAUAUGAUAAUUUUUCAUGAAGUAGUUUGGAUGUAGUGAAGUACUUUUUCAGAGUAACUUUAGUUCAGUAAGCUAUGUUUCUUAAGGGUACCUUUUUAGUUUAGCUUAACUUCUUUGUGUGUAGUAAUUGUUAGCUUGGUAAACUACCUUUCCAAGGUAACUUCCCCUACACUGGUCUCGGACUCAACAAACCUAUUGUCACGUUGUAUAAUGAUUAGAAGACAAGCGCAGGAAUACGUAUUAGGGGUGUAUUUUACUCCACCUAACACAAACACAUAUCAAAGGGAUGUAACCCAAACAAAGAGCGAGGUGUAACCUCCACACGGUACUCACGAGACUAACGGACAAUUAUCAACAAGGACAAUGGGGAACAGAGGGCAUAUAUAUACACUUACUAAUCAGGGGGAAUGGGAACCAGGUGUGCUUAAUGAGACAAGACAGUCCGGGGUUGGUGGUAAUGAUCUAGUUCAGUGACACCUAGAAGGCCGGUGAGGUAGACCUCCGGAGCUGGUGAACGGAAUGAGCAGCAGUACCGGGGGGAUCCGUGACACCUAUUGUCUCCGCUAGACAAGCUGAAUUAGAGACCUGUAAUUUCCAGCAUAAUCAGACCGUUUAGCUAGGCCUAUAAAUGCCAUAAUUACUGGAUUGGUCUUGAAAGUGACGUCAGAGCUAAAUUGUAGGCUAGAUGGCAAAACAACAACUGCAGAAUUUUUUUUUUUUUUUUUUUUUAAAGAGGCCUACCUUCACUGUGUAUUGACUGUCUUGUAGCUGGUGAACGGUAUCCGAUACAGCAUCAUGGUGGAGCUAAGUAACACCCAGUGUAAGAAGGCUGCCAGACUGAGGACCUGUGACUUCUACCCAGAGGAACACAACCUGAAGGUGAGGCCAGUAUGUGUGGGUCUGUUUGUUUUUCUGUCUUGGGAUGAUAACAGUGUGGGUUGUUGGAGGUAAAGUACAGCUAAACUAAUAUCAGAGACCUCCUCAUCAAAUAAAAUAAAAACUCAAAGUUUUGCAAUAGUGAACAUUGGCAAUACCUAAUAUAAAUAAACUGGCAACACUGAGUAUCCAGUAUCAAGGCCAUUGUGUGUAUCUGGGUCUACAGGAGGUUAUUAUUCUGUCCGUCUGUUCAGCUCGCCCUUCCGCUAGUCAUGUGACCAAGACCUUAAGAUAAAUAACUUCUCAUGACUUGGAUUUGACACACUGUUACUGCAACUAUGUGCACAACCAGACCAGUUCCGUUCCCCCUGGUCCUCUGUAGCUCAAUUGGUAGAGCAUGGCGCUUGUAAUGCCAAGGUAGUGGGUUCGAUCCCCGGGACCACCCAUACGUAAAAAUGUAUGCACACAUGACUGUAAGUCGCUUUGGAUAAAAGCGUCUGCUAAAUGGCAUAUUAUUAUUUGUUCUGCCUGUGUAUUUGUUUUCAUGACUUAGCAUAAACUUAAUCAGAAAUGUCUCCAAGGUCAAGGGAACAAAGUGUUCCUAGUGGUCACCCCUCUGCUUCAUUUCUGUAUAGGUUCAGAAAUAGACUGUUGUUGACGGAGGAAAUUAGUUAUUAUUGUUAACAUUAGGCCACAUGCAAAGGACAUGUACUGUAUGUUCCCAUGCUAUUGAACAUCUAAUUUAAUUUGACGUGAAUCAUUUUAAACAGGCAUUUCUCUAAAGCGCACAUAACAAUACAUUACGUUCUAAUACACCGUCUAUAAACAAGUCAUGAACACAGCAGCCCAAUAAAACAAACACAGAUUAUCUCACUAACCAUGUUCUCUCCGCUUAUGUGUUCUCUGUCAGACGGAGGUGUGUGUGUUUGAGGUCUGGGACAUUCCCUGGGAGAGCAAGUCCACCCUGCUCAAACAGAAGUGCCAGCCAGCAGGUUAGUGUCAUAGGUUCAACUGUGGGAACUAAAUUGACCUUUGUGUGUUUAUUUGUUUCAGGAUUGUUUAUAUAAAUACUCAUAGCUACAUCUAAUAGUUUUUCAUAAUACUUGGUUUCCAGUUGAUCCAAAACCAGUUGAGACCAACAAAGUUGAAUUUCUGCCCCUCUCCACCAAACCAGUUGAGGUAAUAGAAAACAUAGCGUUUGUUGUAUGUGUGUUUGAGUUUCUCUUUUAUUCUGUAUGUGUAUAUAUUUCAUUUACUUGUCAAUAAUCAACUUCUCUUUUGUGACAGGAGUCAGUGGAUUCCGUGGAGCUUCUGGGUCAGUUCAAAGAGUUCAUGGUCAGAUACAAUAGGACUUACAGCAGCCAAGAGGGUAAGCGAUAAAUGUAAAUCCAUAAUUUUACACAAUACCGUCCAUCCAACUCCACAGAUGAGAUGGUAAAACAUCUAAACAUAACGUUUUUGUCUGACCUCUGACCUUUGCUGCUACAGAGGCUGACCGGCGGCUGCGUAUUUUCCAUGAGAACAUGAAGACCGCUGAGAAGCUCCAGUCUCUGGACAAGGGCACAGCUGAGUACGGGGUCACCAAGUUCAGCGACCUCACAGGUGUGUGUGCAUGUGUGAGAAUGCAGAUUAACAAGCCUGACACAAUUCCAGAACAACCAUUGAGCGUGCCGGAGAGCUCACUGUCUGCCCUCUCUGGAGCAACAGCACAUCCUGUGUGUGAUUCUGUCACAGUUUGAAACAUGUUCCCUUGCAAAGAGAGCUAAUCUGUUGAGUAAUUCCACUUCUACAUAGCUGAUUUAGAGACUUGCGCAGGCAUGAAUGUUAAGCCCUACCCAUGCCUGCGACGUUCAGGCCCCACCCUACCAAUGGCCUGAUUACUUCUGCCAAAUUUGAGGCCCCGCUCAAAACCUCAAAUCAGAAAUAACCUCCUCCGUUAGUAAAGAUGGCGCCGGAGGAGAUGGCUGCCGUUUUACGGCCCCCUAACCAAUUGUGCUAUUGUGUUCUUUUUCAUGUUAUUUGUAAUUUAUUCUGUACAUAAUGUUUCUGCCACCGUCUCUUAUGACUAAAAAUAGUUUCUGGAUAUCAGGACAGCGAUUACUCACCUCGUAUUGGACAAAGAUUUUUUCUUCAACGAGUCGGAAGGAUAUUCUACAAACACCCGACAAGGCCCAAAUCCCUGUCAUCCGAAUGAGAAAGAGACAGAUAUCGUGAAUGUAGGUCGGGGUGCCUUGUAAAGAUACGACAGCGAGCGAGUAAUCUGCCUCUUCCAUCAGGCCUAUUAGCCAACGUACAAUCAUUAAAAAACAAAAUGGACGACCUAAGAUCAAGGAUAUCCUACCAACGGGACAUAAAAAACUGUAAUAUCUUAUGUUUCACCGAGUCGUGCCUGAACGAUGACAUGGAUAACAUACAGCUGGCGGGAUAUACGCUACAUCGGCAGGAUAGAACGGCUGACUCCGGUAAGACAAGGGGUGGCAGUCUGUGUAUAUUUGUAAACAACAGCUGGUGCACACAAUCUAAUACUAAGGAAGUCUCGAGGUGUUGCUCGCUGAGGUAGAGUAUCUCAUGAUAAGCUGUAGACCACACUAUUUACCAAGAGUUUUCUUCUAUAUUUUUGGUAGUUGUCUAUUUACCACCACAAACCGAUGCUGGCACUAAGAUUACACUCAAUGAGCUGUAUAAGGCCAUAAGUAAACAGGAAAACGCUCAUCCAGAGGCAGCGCUCCUAGUGGCCGGGGACUUUAAUGCAGGGAAACUUAAAUCCGUUCUACCUAAUUUCUACCAGCAUGUUAAAUGUGCAACUAGAAGAAAAAAAUCAAUAGACCACAUCCAGGCUCUGUCGCAGCCGGCCGCGACCGGGAGACUCAUGGGCGGCGCACAAUUGGCCCAGCGUCGUCCAGGGUAGGGGAGGGAAUGGCCGGCAGGGAUGUAGCUCAGUUGAUAGAGCAUGGCGUUUGCAACGCCAGGGUUGUGGGUUCGAUUCCCACGGGGGGCCAGUAUAAAAAAUAUAUAUAUAUAUAUGUAUUCACUAACUGUAAGUCGCUCUGGAUAAAAGCGUCUGCUAAAUGACUUAAAUGUAAAUCAAUAAGUGCAUCGAUGACUUCGUCCCCACAGUGACCGUACGUACAUACCCCAACCAGAAGCCAUGGAUUUCAGGCAACAUCCGCACUGCUAAAGGGUAGAGCUGCUGCUUUCAUGGAGCGUUACUCUAACCCGGACGCUUAUAAGAAAUCCCGCUACGCCCUCCGACGAACCAUUCAACAGGCAAAGAGUCAAUACAGGACUAAGAUUGAAUCGUACUACACCGGCUCUGACGCUCGUCGAAUGUGGCAGGACUUGCAAACUAUUACAGAGUACAAAGGGAAACCCAGCCACGAGCUUACCAGACGUCGAGGCAAGCAACACUGAAUGUUCCAGAUGACUGAUCACGCUCUCCAUAGCCAAUGUGCGUAAGCCAUUUAAGCAGGUAAACAUUCACAAGGCCGCAGGGCCAGACGGAUUACCAGGAUGUGUACUCCGAGCAUGCGCUGACCAAUGCGCUGAAAAUGUCUUCUCUGACAUUUUCAACAUGUCCCUGACUGAGUCUGUAAUACCAACAUGUUUCAAGCAGACCACCAUACUCCCUGUGCCCAAGAACACUAAGGUAACCUGCCUAAAUGACUACCGACCCGUCUGUAGCCAUGAAGUGCUUUGAAAGGCUGGUCAUGGCUCACAUCAACACCAUUAUCCCAGAAACCCUAGACCCACUCCAAUUUGCAUACCGCCCCAACAAAUCCACAGAUGAUGCAAUCUCUAUUGCACUCCACACUGCCCUUUCCCACCUGGACAAGAGGAACACCUACGUGAGAAUGCUAUUCACAGACUACAGCUCAGCGUUCAACACCAUAGUGCCCUCAAAGCUCAUCACUAAGCUAAGGACCCUGGGACUAAACACCUCCCUCUGCAACUGGAUCCUGGACUUCCUGACGGGCUGCCCCCAGGUGGUAAGGGUAGGUAACAACACAUCUGCCACGCUGAUCCUCAACACAGGGGCCCUUCAGGGGUGCGUGCUCAGUCCCCUCCUGUACUCCCUGUUCACCCAUGACUGCAUGGCCAGGCACGACUCCAACACCAUCAUUAAGUUUGCCGACGACACAACAGUGGUAGGCCUGAUCACCAACAACGAUGAGACCGCCUAUAGGGAGGAGGUCAGAGACCUGGCGGUGUAUGUGCCAGGAUAACAACCUCUCCCGCAACGUGAUCAAGACAAAGGAGAUGUAGUCCUGUGUAGCUCAGUUGGUAGAGCAUGGCGUUUGCAACGCCAGGGUUGUGGGUUCAAUUCCCACGGGGGGCCAGUAUGAAAAUGUAUGCACUCACUAACUGUAAGUCGCUCUGGAUAAAUGACUAAAAAAUUUAAAACAAUUAGAUGUUUGUGGACUACAGGAAAAAAAAUGAGGACUGAGCACGCCCCCAUUCUCAUCGACGGGGCUGUAGUGGAACAGGUUGAGAGCUUCAAGUUCCUUGGUGUCCACAUCACCAACAAACUACCAUGUUCCAAACACACCAAGACAUUCGUGAAGAGGGCACGACAAAGCCUAUUCCCCAUCAGGAGACUGAAAAGAUUUGGCAUGGGUCCUCAGAUCCUCAAAAAGUUCUACAGCUGCACCAUCGAGAGCAUCCUGACUGGUUGCAUCACUGCCUGGUAUGGCAACUGCUCGGCCUCCGACCGCAAGGCACUACAGAGGGUAGUGUGUACGGCCCAGUACAUCACUGGGGCCAAGCUUCCUGCCAUCCAGGACCUCUAUACCAGGCGGUGUCAGAGGAAGGCUCUAAAAAGGGUAAAAGACUCCAGCCACCCUAGUCAUAGACUGUUCUCUCUGCUACCGCACGGCAAGCGGUACCGGAGCGCCAAGUCUAGGUCCAAAAGGCUUCAUAACAGCUUCUACCCCCCCAAGCCAUAAGACUCCUGAACAGCUAAUCAUAACUACCCGGACUAUUUGCAUUGUCCCCCCCCACCCCACCCCCUCUUUUACGCUGCUGCUACUCUCUGUUUAUUAUGUAUGCAUAGUCACUAACUCUACCCACAUGUACAUAUUACCUCAAUUACCUCGACUAACUUUUUUUCUUAAAACUACGUUGUUGGUUAAGGGCUUGUAAGUAAGCAUUUCACUCUAAGGUCUACACCUGUUGUAUUCGGCGCAUGUGGCAAAUAACAUUUUAUUUUAAUUUGAAAUCCAUUAGCUGCUCCUCUCUGUCAGUCACUCGCUCCCUGCACGCAGCUCAGUCUGCAUGCACUCUGAGUCUCUCCUGACUUGUAUUUGAUGAGUUUGAUGCACUUCUGACACCAUGUUAUGACCUUAGUCAGAUAUGAUUACUGCAGCAGAGCACGAGCAAAUGGCUCAGCUUCAAAAUGUUUGUGAACACUUUAUUGAUACCAGAGCCCUGCCCGUAACCUAUUUAUUGAUGAAAAAACAGACCCUACCUGGCCCUAACCGGAUGUAUAAUGUCGGGCUCGGGUCGGGUAGCAGAUCUCGAAGGUAGUCCCACAAAGCUACAGUACAACUCCUCAGCUAUACACUGAAUAAUCCUUAUCUUUUCUUUCUCUCCUCCCGCAACCCUCUUUCUCUCUCCCUACAGAGGAGGAGUUUAGGACUCUGUACCUGAACCCCCUGCUGAGCCAGCAGAACCUCCAGCAGUCCAUGAAGCCUGCAGCCAUGCCCCGCGGCCCUGCCCCGCCUAGCUGGGACUGGAGAGAGCAUGGAGCUGUCAGCCCCGUCAAGAACCAGGUAGGACCGGGUUUAGAGAUGGUCUUACAGACUGGAGAUGACUACAGGUAUGACUGUAAAUGUGUAUUUAUGAUCGGGCAAAUAACUUAAAAAGGCUUUAUAUAGCAUUCAUAAAGUAUUCAUGACUCUGCAUUGAUGCUUCACUAAACAUUUAUAGGUACGCAAAAGUCAUUCAUACUGUAGAUAUGACACAAUUCAUGGAAAAUGUGGAGGUAGGUAAUGCCUGUGUGUGUGUACGGCUGAUUAUGUGGUUUGUGUUUGUAUUGCAGGGCAUGUGUGGUUCUUGCUGGGCAUUCUCAGUGACAGGCAACAUUGAGGGCCAGUGGUUCGCGAAAACUGGCAAACUAGUGUCUCUCUCUGAGCAAGGUAAGCACAAGCAUUUGUAGGUAUCAUACAUUCACCUGUACAACAGUACAGUUUCCCUUUUCUACAUAAGAGCCUUGAAUUGAUUGGUUCAAUGUCCUGUGACUCACAGAGUUGGUGGACUGUGAUACUGUGGACCAGGCCUGUGGGGGCGGGCUUCCAUCAAACGCAUAUGAAGCUAUCGAGAAGCUGGGUGGUCUGGAGACAGAGACUGACUACACCUACACCGGCAAGAAGCAGAGCUGUGACUUCACCGCCAACAAAGUCACCGCCUACAUCAACAGCUCUGUGGAGCUGUCCAAGGACGAGAACGGUGAGUGGGAGAAGAGGAGAAAGAUACUUUGAAAAAAGGUAGCGUGAGAGGGUAGGGUACACAGAAAGACACAGACGUUUGGAUGAAGAUUGAACAAUGUGGUACAUAUGGAGGAGGGUUGGCUUCAUGUGUUAAUCUUGGUUUCCUUCCCUUUUUAUGUUUAGAAAUCGCUGCUUGGCUGGCUGAGAAUGGACCAGUAUCUGUGGCCCUGAACGCCUUCGCAAUGCAGGUAACAGGCAUCACUGCUGUAUGCUCCUUAUUGAUACUUAAAUUAGCAUCACUAAAACGCAACUGAACAAUUACGUUUUAUUUUUAAUUUAACCUUUAUUUAACUAGGCAAGUCAGUUAAGAACAAAUUCUUUAUUUACAAUGACAGCCUGGCAAAAGGCCUCCUGCGGGGACGGGGACUGGGAUUAAAAAUAAAAAUAUAGGAAAAAACACACAUCACGACAAGAGACACCACAACACUACAUAAAGAGAGACAUAAGACGACAACAAAUGCAUGGCAGCAACACAUGACAACACAGCAUGGUAGCAACACCACAUGACAACAACAUGGUAGGAACACAACAUGGCAGUAACUAAGAUACUAGUCACUAUACUAGUAUACAUCUGUCUAAUCCCACCACCCUUUCUCUCCUUUUCUCCUCAGUUCUACAGGAAGGGCGUUUCCCACCCUCUGAAGAUCUUUUGCAACCCCUGGAUGAUUGACCAUGCAGUGCUGCUCGUGGGCUACGGAGAACGUGAGACUGACACUUAACUACUAAUUUACCUUACAUUAACCUAGCGCAAUAACAACACAGUGAUGAGUCAGAAUUUGUGAGUCGUGUGUCUGGUUGUUUCUGUGUACAGGUCAAGGCAAACCUUUCUGGGCCAUCAAGAACAGCUGGGGAGAGGACUAUGGAGAACAGGUAAGAGAAAGCUGUCACACUGAACCUCUAUGAAGAGGCAUUAUGUGGGGAUUUGCAAACCGAGUGUAUUUGUUUGCAAUGCAUGCAUAAAACCUACACUCUUAGAAAAAAGGUGCUAUCCAGAACCAAAAAGGAUUCUUCGGCUGUCCCCAUAGAAGAACCCUUUCCACAGAGGGUUCUAUAUGGAACCCCAAAUAGUUUUACUUGGAUCUAAAAUUGCUUCUAUGGGGACAGCCGCAGAACCCUUUUGGAACCCUUUUUUCUAAGAGUGUAGUCAGGCAUGAACUCUUGGAACAUAUUGUGCAAAUAGAAGUUUUGACAUGUGUAUUUGUGUGUUCACGGACUGACAUGUCCUGUUGCCUCUUCCUUCCCUCCAGGGUUACUACUACCUGUACAGAGGAUCCAGGCUCUGUGGGAUCAACAAGAUGUGCUCGUCUGCCAUUGUGAACUAG